GGACUGUGUGUCACAGCCCUUCUAGUAAAGUUGAACCCCUGAAAGCGAUCACGGGUGAAUGCAUGUGGCCAUUUCUAGGCACCCAACCAUACAAAAGGAGAACUUGGCCUCCUCCUACCCUGUCCCCAUUGCUGAUCAGGGUCCAGAUUUACUUCAUCUUACAGGAAGUUGGUACUUCCUUCUUGGUCAGUACCUUGAAUCUUGAAAUUCAUACAGAUUUUUUUAAAAGUCCCAGAAACAAAGGACGGGAAAUCCUUGGGCAGGAGGAAUCACGAUGGAGACGACUUUAGGAGCAACCACGAUGGAGACGACCCUGGGAGCAACCACGAUGGAGACCACCAUGGUCGCCGAGAACUAUUCCACCAUCACCGAAUUUGAUUACGGAGACACAACUCCGUGCGAAAAGGUGGCUGUCCGAGCUCUGGGGGCCCAGCUGCUGCCCCCCCUGUAUUCCCUGGUGUUUAUCGUCGGUCUGGUGGGCAACACCCUGGUGGUGUUGGUCCUGAUGCAAUACAGGAGGCUCCGCAGUAUGACCAGCAUCUACCUCCUCAACCUGGCCAUCUCGGACCUGCUGUUCCUCUUCACGUUGCCUUUCUGGAUCCAUUACAAGCUGAAGGACGACUGGGUUUUCGGGGACGCCAUGUGCAAACUCCUCUCCAUGUUCUACUACCUGGGGCUGUACGGCGAGAUCUUCUUUAUCAUCCUGCUGACCAUCGACCGAUACCUGGCCAUCGUCCACGCCGUGUUUGCCUUGCGGGCCCGGACGGUCACCUUUGGCGUCAUCACUAGCGUGGUGACCUGGGCAGUGGCCAUUUUGGCCUCGCUCCCCGGGUUGUAUUUCUCCAAGACCCAACGGGAGAUCGCACAUUUCACCUGCAGCCUCCACUUCCCACCGGAGAACCUGAGAGAGUGGAGGCGAUUCCAGGCUCUGAAGCUGAACGUUCUGGGCUUCCUGGCGCCUCUGCUGGUGAUGAUCGUCUGCUACGCGGGCAUCAUCCACGUCCUCCUCCGGCGGCCCAACGAGAGGAAAGCCAAAGCGGUCCGGCUGAUUUUCGCCAUCAUGCUCAUCUUCUUCCUCUUCUGGACCCCUUACAACCUGUGCGUGCUCGUGGCCGCCUUCCAGGACUCCCUGUUCAGCCAGAUGUGCGAGCAGAGCCGACAGCUGGACGCGGCCAUGCAGGUGACCGAGGUGAUCGCCUAUAGCCACUGCUGCGUCAACCCCAUCAUCUACGUGUUCGUGGGGGAGCGCUUCCGGAGGUACCUCCGCCAGCUGUUCCAGCGGCACGUGGCCCUGCGCCUCGGGAAGUGGCUGCCCUUCGUCUCCGUGGACGGGCUGGACCGGGCCAGCUCCGUGUCCCCUUCCACGGGAGAGCACGAGCUCUCGGCCGGGUUCUGACUCCCGCUCCCGGCUGCCUGACGGGUGUCACCGGCCAGUUCCUGCCCCCA